CAGAGUUGAAUGCUUGGGGCAAGGCAGUUGGUAGAGAGAUCUGAAGCGACAGACAUGAGCCCGGAAAAGCACCUGGAGGAAGAUGAUGAAGUUGACUCCAUUCUCCUUUCAGCAUCCCAGAUCCUGAAUUCCACUGACGGGGUAAAGGAAAGUGGGGGCAGUGAACCAGAAUAUGGCUGCAUAUCAGGACCAGAAAAUCAAAUCCAACCACAAUCAGCAUUGAAAGUCCUUCAGCUUCAGCUGGAGUCAUUUCAGGCUCUGCGGAUGCAAACUCUACAAAAUGUUAGCAUGGUCCAGUCUGAAAUCAGUGAAAUAUUAAACAAGAGCAUUGUUGAAGUAGAAAACCCACAAUUUAACUCAGAAAAAAAUCUAGUAUUCAGCAUACAGCCUGAAAAGGAUUUGUCUAAUGAGAAGCAAGAAGGAAUACUUUCUAUCAAGAGAAGUAAUCACUUUGAGGAUCCUGAGACUCUUUAUUCAAUGGAAGAAAACUUCAGUAGUAAUAAUGGCAAUGGUCUCUCUCAAAGCAUAAACAUUCCGCCCCAGAUACACGCCCAGGAUGUGUUAGCUCUGGAGAGCCUGAGAACUGCAGCAGAGAGUCCACCUCUCAGCAGAGCUAUGAGCACUUCGGAACAGCCCAACACCAUGAAGAGUUUCAGUCUUAACCAGUAUCUACCACAGGCUCCUCAGACUGUGACGCCUCAAGCUGCAACCACGGUUCCGGAGAAAUCCAGAAUCACUGUCCCUUUUCUGAAGCAUGGAUUUUGUGAAAACUUAGAUGACAUUUGCCACUCCAUCAAACACAUGAAAGAAGAGCUUCAGAAGUCGAACGACAGGGAACUGGCACUUACGAAUGAACUUCAUACUUUCCAGAGUGAUGCAAACACUCACGGUCACGGUAAACAGAAGCUGUUUCCCAUCCACAGCUCAAAGCUUAACUUUAUUCGGGAAGAAGGCACGGACGGUAACUUAAGUGAAGACAUCAAGUCGAAGAGAAUUUCCGAAUUAGAGGCAUUGGUAUGCAAACUACUCCCGCUCAGGGAGACAGUGGCUAAACUGCAUGUGAAUUUUUGUAGGAAAUGUAAAAAAUUAUACAAGAGUGAAAUAUGCCGGGGGAAAAGGAGUGACAAGAAUAAAGAUACAGAUUUAAAAUUCCACUCCCGAGCUCCGAGGCACGCUCUGUCGUUCCUUGACCCAGUGGAAAACGAAACGAAAGACAGAGAGGGGCAGCCAUGCCCGGCAAACCAAGGAUCAAUAACAUCUGUAAAUGAGAAGUCACCGGAAGCCGGUUGCUUGCCUGAGCAGUGCGUUGCCAAGAUUCAUUACCUACAGAAUUACCUAAAAGAAUCCGUGCAGAAUCAGAAAAGAGUGGCAGAGCUGGAGAAUGAAAACCUGGCCCUCAGGACCAAAAUGAAUCCCCUCAUCUUUACCACCCAGUCCCUGAUCCAGAGGGUGGAGGCCUACGAGAAGCAACUGAGAUCUCUGGCUGACGAGAAGAGCGCUCUCCAGCACACGUUAACCAAAGCAGAAGAGGACAGGAGCAACUGCCUCCGCGAACUCAAGAAAAUCCUCAACACGUAUAACGUCCUCCAAGGCCACCACAAAAUGCUACAGGAAAAAAACAGUCAGCUCUCUUUGGAAACGCAACGGCUGACGGAGACGAUCGAUCACCUCAAAGGCAAGGAGCACAAAUCCCAGAACGACAUGGCCCUUCUCAAGAACGAAAACAACAGGAUGAAUAUAGAAAUGGAAGCGAUGAAAACAAACGCGCUGUUGAUACAAGAUGAACGGGAGAUCCUGGAGAAGAACGUGUGCCAGCUCCUGAAGGAUAAAGGCUCGCUUGAGAGUGGCCUGAGGGAGAGCCAGCUAGAGGUGCUGCAGCUCAAAGAGAAGGAGAGACUGGCCAAAGCCGAACAGGACUCGCUCCUUCACAUCCUGGAAGCGGCUAAGACGGAGAAGGUGAAUCUCAGCGCCGCGCUACAGGAAUCCGCUUCUGCCAGACAGACUCUGGAGAGAAAGCUCAAGGAGAUUCAGAGCUACCAGGCUGCCGAGAAAGAGAAUUUCCUGAAAGAGAUCAAAAGCGCAAAAUCCGAGGCCAGCAUUUACAAGAACAACUUGGCGGAAAUCAGCCAGGAGUGUGAGAUGCUAUCCAAAAUGGUCAUGGAGAUAAAGACAGAUAACCAGAUCCUGAAGGAAGAGCUGAAGAAACACAGUCACGAAAACACCAAGUUUGAGAACAGCAUCAGUCGGCUCACAGAAGACAAGGUGCUCUUGGAGAACUACGCGAGAAGCGUAGAAAACGAGAGGGACACCCUGGAAUUUGAGAUGCGGAAUCUUCAGAGAGACUAUUUGAGUUUAAGCGAUAAAGUCUCCGGUCACAACAACGGUGUAUCAAAAUCGAAUUAUAUUUCAAGAAGAGAGAAAUUCUAUUUUGACAACUACGACGCCUAUGAAGAUGCCCCCCGUCUUAGGAGUAGGCCUUCGGCUUCUGAUUUGAAAGGAACUCCACAUAAACUCUAUCAACGGCUUCCAUCCAAGAUACGUAAAUAA